AUGAAGCAUGUUACCAAGGAAUCCAAGUAUGAAGCUAUGACUUCCAGUGCCAGAAAUGCGUCUCCCUUAAAGAAAAACCGAAGACUCCCUUCUGUCGUGGUUAAUCCUUCUCCAAGUGAGACCUCGUCUGCUGAGAGAAAUGUUGGUGAGAAGACCAAGCCAAAAGGAGUUGCUCUUUCUUCAUCUACAAGGGUCGAGCAUUUUCUUGAUGUGGUGAUAGGCAACAAGAACGUACACGGUAUGAGAGACAUCUAG